AUGGAGGCGUUCCAGGCUGCGAUGCUGCUUGGGGGCGUGGGGGAUGCCCUGGGCUGCAGGAACGCCCGCCCUGAGAGCAGCGCGGGGGGAGGCAGGGCCCAGGACGAGCUGCAGCGCCUCGGAGGGCUGGACCACCUGGUGCUGUCCCCAGAGACCUGGCCGGUGAGCGAGAACACCAUCAUGCACAUGGCCACGGCUGCGGCGCUCACCACAGACUACUGGUGCCUGGAUGACCUGUACCGCGAGAUGGUGACGCGCUACGUGGAAAUCCUGGAGAAGCUCCCACAACGCCAGGCAGACCCUGCCACCGCGCAAGGCUGCGCCCAGCUGAAGCCGCACAAUCACCUGCUGGCCUGGCACACGCCCUUCAACGAGAGGGGCUCGGGCUUCGGGGCGGCCACCAAGGCCAUGUGCAUCGGCAUGCGCUACUGGCAGCCGGCACGGCUGCACACGCUGGUGGAGGUGAGCGUGGAGUGCGGGCGGAUGACCCACAACCACCCGACAGGGUUCCUGGGGUCCCUGUGCACCGCCCUGUUCGCCUCCUACGCGGCGCAAGGGAAGCCGCUGGCCCGCUGGGGCAGGGACAUGCUGCGCUCGGUGCCCCUGGCCGAGGAGUACUGCAGGCGGAGCAUCCGGCACCUGGCAGAGUACCAGGAGCACUGGUUUUACUUCGAGGCCAAAUGGCAGUUUUACCUGGAGGAGAGACACAUCAGCGAGGACACGGGGAACGAGGCUGUCUUCCCCGAGCACUACGACGCCGAGGAGAGAGACAAGACCUACAAGAAAUGGAGUUCGGAAGGUCGCGGUGGACGGCGGGGACACGAUGCCCCCAUGAUUGCGUACGACGCGCUCCUAGGGGCUGGGGACAGCUGGACAGAGCUGUGCGAGCGCGCCAUGUUCCACGGAGGUGAGAGCGGUGCCACCGGCUGCAUCGCGGGCUGCCUGUUCGGGCUGCUGCACGGCCGCGACGCCGUCCCCGCGGGCCUGUACGGGGCCCUGGAGCAGCGGGUGCAGCUGGAGCAGCUGGGCGCCGCCCUGUACCGCCUGUCCACGGAGGAGAAGUAACUGCCGCCCCGCCCAGCACUGCACCCCGGGGGCCCAGCCCCACCCACCGGCCCAGCCUUGCCCAGCUCGCUGCCCGCUCACG